AUGGUGCUGAAUGUUGUGUUUGUAUUCGAAGCCCACACUUGCGCAUUUGAAAGCAAGACAAUGAAUGGUGUAAACACAUCUGAGCAGAGUGAAGUACAUCAAGGUGGUAACCAUGGUAACUGCUGUAGCCAUGGUAAUUAUCACUCCUGGAAAACUGAAAUUAUCCAAUUAUUUAAGCUAGGCUGGCCUACAGUUCUAUUUACACUUGCCACUGGCGCUCUGGCCACGAUUAACCUGAUGUUUUGUGGUCGAGUGGAUAAAGAAACUCUGGCUGGUGCUGCAUUAGGUUUAUCAUUCAGUAAUGUUACUGGGGUUUGUGUUGCACAUGGUUUUGGAUCAGCUUGCGAUACUCUGUUUUCUCAGACCUUUGGCAGUGAAAAUAAGAAGUAUGUUGGAGUUGUACUGCAAAGAAGUUUACUUAUUAUGGGUAUUGGAUGUAUAUUAAUCUGGGUGCUUUAUGUUAAUGUGGAAUAUAUAUUGAUUGGUUUUCAAAUUGAUAGGGAAGUAGCCAGAGGUGCUACAACUUAUGUUCAUGUAUUUAUGACUGGAGUUCCUGUAAGUUGGUCUUACGAGUGUCUUAAUGAUUGGGAUGUUUAUGUGAAGAUAUCCUUAGCUGGAAUUUUGAUGAUUGCAUCUGAGUGGUGGGCCUUUGAAGUUGGUACUUUUCUAAUGGGCACAGUAGGUGACACUGAACUAGCAGCACAGGGAGCGGUAUUUGGUCUGGCAUAUUUCUUUUAUACUAUACCAUUAGGAUACAGUGAAGCAAUCUCCAUAAGGGUUGGAAAUACUCUUGGUGCUAAUGAACCACACAAAGCUAGAAGGGUUGCAAUAGUUGGUGUUAUAUCCAUGAUCAUCAGCUCAGUAUUAUUUGCCAUUAUUAUCAUUGCAAGCAGGGAUGUCAUUGGUCUUUUAUACACAAGUGAAAGAGAGGUGGUUGUUAUGAUUGCUCAAGUAGCUCCAUUGAUGGCAGUCUACCAGAUAUUUGAUGCUAUAGGUAUGGCAUCAUUGGGAGCUUUACAAGGAUGUGGACUUCAGAAAGUUAUUGCUAUUGUUAAUUGUGUUCUGUAUUACAUUGUGUGUUUGCCCAUUAUGUUUGUACUGGUAUUGGUAUAUCAUAUGGGAAUAUUAGGAGUGUGGAUUCCUCUGGUAAUCGUCUUAGUUUGUAAGGGACUGCUUCUUGUAUUUGUUGUAUUCCGGCUGAAUUGGCAGAAGCAAGCAGAUAAGGCACAAGAAAGAGCCAAUGUUAAUAGAGAUAAUACAUCUGAUAGUGUGCCACAAUUUGUGGGUGUUAACAUGGACCAGAUAAAGAUUGAGCACAAAAAUUCAUAUACACAGACUGGUCUUCCAACAAGCGCAGAAGUUACCAUAGUACCUUCAGAUAACUACUCUAGUAAUAACGGCAGAAAUUCGACCUAUAGCUUUGUAGAACAGAAUAUGGAACAAACUAAUCAACCGUCUUUGAAGACACUUAUAUGGCGACGGAUAUUUACAUUGCUAUUUGCAUUAACACUAUUAGGAAUAAGUGUGGCUGUUCAGUUUCUGGUUGUCAUUCCUCCAAUCAGUGAUCCUAUAAAUAAUUGCUUUUCUGCAAAUAUGACUGACUCCAUGUAUAAUAUCAGUAUUAUUAAUGGUACUAAUAUAUGCAAUGAUACACUUACAUAA